GGUAGGACCUGGGCUAGCCGAGCGGGCUGGUGCUGCGGCGGGUGGCACACCCGCUUCGCGCCCCUGUUUCCGGGAGACCGCGGGGCCGCGCCCGGGCGGCCGGCAGGUAAAGGAGGCGGUGACCGCCGCUCUGCCCCUCACUGAGGCGGCUUCCGCCCGAAAGCACAGGAGGGGCAGCUAUGAGGCUGCUCUUGCUGGCGUGCCUCCGAGCGCAGACCGGCAACGCGACCACCGCGGAGAGGAUACAGAAUCAUCUACAUGCUGCAGGUCAUACCUGUGUUCUUAAAGAUGCUUUCAUGUAUGAAAGUCCAACUGAAAUAGCAAAUCUAACCUCUACAGACAUGUUUGAUGCAGCCCUGGCCAUUCAUCUUUAUAAGGGAGGCAGACUUCUGCAAGGUAGCAGAAUUCCUUUUGGAAUCAUCUUUGGUGGGACAGAUAUAAAUGAAGAUAUCAAAUGUGAAGAAAAACAUCAUGUGAUGGGAGCAGUGCUACAAGAAGCCAGGUUUGCAGUGGCUUUCACAAUGAAGAUGAAGGAACUGGCAGCAGCAGAGUGGGUAUCAGGUCAAAUAAAUCUGGCAUUUAAAAUCUCUGUGCCAGGGGAGCCAGAAGCUAGGAAGAAAAUAUAUGUCCAAACUCAAGGAAUUAAGACUAUGCCUAGUGAAGCAUUUGACUGGUACAGAUUUCUACGAAAUGCAGGCAUUCCUACAGACACACAGAGUUUACAUGUGUUCCUUUUGAUAUGUGGACUUCGAAGAGUCAAGGACCCUCUCUACUUAGUAGAUGUAUUUUCAGACUGGCACAGAAAGGAUCCCAGUGUCCAUUUGGGCAUAAUUGGACCCGCAGUUGAUCCACUUUUUACAUGUGAAGUUAAAGAAAAAGUUAAAAGGGCCCCAGGAGUACAUUUUUUACAGGAGAUGCCACAGGAUGAUCUUCAUGCUGCUGUGAGAAGGUGCUUUGCUGUGGUGAACAGCUCCAUUUCAGAAGGCAUGUCUGCUGCAAUUCUGGAGGCCAUGGAUUUAGGUAUUCCAGUGCUGGCAAGGAACAUUCCUGGAAAUGCAGCAAUAAUAAAACAUAAGGAAACAGGACUGCUAUUUUCAAAUCCUCAGGAGUUUGUUCUGCUGUCCAAGAGUUUGAUGAACGACCCCAUUAUGGAAAAAGAAAUUGUAACAAGGGCCAAAGAAUACGUGAAGAAACAUCACUCAUGGGAAAGUGAAAGAAAAGUCUAUCAGAAUCUUGUCCUAAGACUGCAGUGAAUUGCAGGACCAGAGCUGAUACCCAGUAGAACUUUAAUGAUGGAUAUGGAAUUAGAUUUGGGGUUCUCUUGGUUUCUUUCAAGAAGAGAUAGUAAGACAUACAUUAUUGUAUUCCAACAUACCAGCAUCACAGGAGUUGCCUGCUACUUCAAACUAUCAAGUUUAUCUAAUUCAGCACACUGUCUCCAGUGUACCAAUUCAUCACAGACCAGUAUCAUUGUGUAAGAUCACACAUGAGAAAAACAUUCCAUGAACAGACACCAAAUUUUGUUGUUCUGAGGCCUCACAGGGAAGAUGAUUUCUUCUAUACAGUGGAGCAUUCCACCACAUAAAGAUUACAGUAAGUCUGCUCAUCAUGUUGCAUCUUAACCAAACUGGAGUAGCAGUUUUCUUUCCAAUCACACCAAUCUGAAUAUAUGCAGGUACAUGUGACAUGCACAUAUAUGUUCAUAAACUCAAGAUUGGUUAUGUAAACAGAGCAUAAUAUUAUGAAGAUGGAAGUUGUCUUAAGACUGAAAGUUCAGUCUAUUGACUACACAGUGAUCAUGAGGCCAG